UCUCGUUUGGAUUGAUUUAUAUCACGCUGAAAACUCUCCAUCAUUCUAAAUAAAUAAAAACAGAGAUUAAUCCAUCAAUGGUAUAAACGUAUUGCAUGAAUUAGUGGCCAUUAUGGAAGAAAUUARCCAAGAAACAACGGUGAAYGGGUCUGAAGACGCUACAAAGCCWUCCGAGGUAACGGUGACAAGUCCAGCUCGCAAACGAUACUACACAUCGCCUUCGAGACGAUCCGACUUUUAUUACUCGGAUUUAGAAGCUGACAGAAGAUUAGCCAAAGCGCGGGACUCGCUGACCGGGAUUGGCGACACCGCAUAUCAGCAUUUUAAAGAUGUUUUGGAAUCAAUGUCCGAGAAGCACAAUAUUGAGGUAGAACACUUACAGCAGAAAAUCGAAGAACUCUUAAAGCAAAAGAGAGGAUUGGAAGACAAGCUUCGUGGUACCAAACGAGAAAGCAGGAAACACCAAGAGGCAAGCCUCUCCUCCAAACGAGAAAUCGCCGAGAAGGGCUGGAGACUCGAGGCACAAAUCAAAGAAAUGUCGAAUAAAGAUAGCGUGAUCGCGGAUUUAAGGAAGGACAAAUUGUCACUUGAAAGAAAAGUUGAAGACCUUCAGAAUGAGUUGAACUCUUACCAAUUGAAGUUCGACGUCAGAACUCUUCAAGGCCAUGGCGACGAUGAGUACACCGUUACUCGUGAUGAGAUGCUCAAAGUCGAAGCCAGCUACAACAAGAUGUCUGCUGAGAAAGAAGAGCUUCACAAUGACUACAUCGACUUGCAAGCUAAGCUUGAAGAUCUAACUGCCGAGAAUGAAAGGGCAUUGAAAGAACUGGAGACGCAGAGAAAGACACAUCAGUUAAAAAGUGCAAAGUAUGAGGCUCAGAUCGAUAAUUUGAGCAAGCAGAAGUCUGAUCUGAAGGACAAGGUUGAAAAACUUCGUAUAGAGCUAAAGAAACAAAAGGAAAUGUACGGCAAUGCUCAACGAGGAAUGAUUGAGGCUCAAAAGCUCGCUGAUGCCAAGAAGGAGGAGGUGAUAUCCAAGAACGGACAAAUUGGAAAGAUGGAAAACCGAAUCAUCUCCCUGGAAGGCAAAGUUGAUGGUCUGCGCCAGGAGCUGUCAAAAAGCCAAACUGCGCUGGAAAUCGCUUUGAAGCAAAAGGAAAACAUGCAACACGAGCUUGUUGCCUUACAGAAAAGCAACUCAGAUCUUCAAGAUGCUUUGGAGGAUAUGAAAUCCAAAAAGGAUGAACUGCAGAACGAGGUCUUUGCUCUCCAACGUAAGCUUCGCAAUGCUGAAGACUCCAACGAGAAGUCCAAGGAAAAGAUCACCAGCUUGCUWCAGAAUGAAAGGGCACUCAAGCAGAGGAUCGCCGACCUUGAAGCUCAGCUUGCUGACUCAAAGAACCGCAUUAUCCAGCUUCAAAACGAACUMGAGCUUGCAAAGUCCAGACCGGUGGAAAAGUAUGAUCCCAUCACCAUCCAGACCGUUGAGACUGUACAAGCRGGAGUAGGCGAUUUUGGUUUUGACUCAGAAGAAAUUGAUCAACUCAACCAGGACAAGAUGGCACUUACACAGAGGGUUGCUGAGCUUGAAAAUCUGGUCCAUCGUCUGGAGUAUGAUAAUUCCGAACUUGAAAAUAAGUACACCAACUCCAAGGGGCAAAUAACCAAGUUGGAAUGUCAAGUGGAUAGUCUCAAGAGAAUGAAGGGUGAACUUCAGACCGAGCUCGAGAAUGAGAAGUUAAAAUCUGCGAAACUGAAGAACGACCUCAAUAACUUACAGUCAAAGUUGGCUGACUCUGAGAAGGCUCUUGACCAGAAAACGAAGGAGUGCAUCAAGAAAGACAAAAUCAUUGAAGAUCUUAGAAAUAAGAUUGCUGAAUUGGAGAAGGUCGUGGAAGAUCAAAACAACGAGAUUUUCAAGCUCGAAGGCAGAGUUGAAGCUCUUCAACUUGAAAACGACAAGCUACGUGAUGAUGCCCUUGAAGUGCAAAGAACCAUUGGUGACUUGGAGAGUGACUACAGGAGCAGUGUCGACGAGAAGGACAGCGCUCAUUACGAACUCAAAAACCACUCACGCAAGGUUUCAGAGCUCGAAUCCAAGCUUGCUGAAUCCGAAAAGGCCCGUAAUGAGUUGCAGGCUCAGGUUUUGGCGUUGCAACAGAAGUUGAAUGUGCUUGAAGACGACUUAGAUAAAACCCACAAAGAAAGAGCGGUUUACGAAAGUGAAGCGAAUGAUCUGUCCCUGAGCUCAAACAAACUUCGCGACGAUGCAGCAAACUCAAGGAAACAAAUCAUGGAGUACCAAGGUAUCAUUGAUGGUUUGAAAAAACAGAUCGCUGAAAAAGAUGAAGAAAUUGAUCACCUCAGGAACAGAGUUCGUAACCUGAAUGAAGACAUCGAUGAAGCAAAGACUGAUCUCGCUGAGUCCCAGGCCAAAUGCGAUUCUAAGGACGACGACAUCAAACAACUGGAACGCAAAGGACGGGAGAAAGAUGCAGAAAUCGACAGACUAAACGCAAUUCUCGACCGCACAACAAAAGAAAGAGACGACGCCGAAGUACAAAUUGCUGGCCUUUAUGAGAAGUUAAAGAACCUCGAAGGAACGCGAAAGGAAUAUAAGAUAGAGCCAGUCUCCAAAAAUAUCGACAUCAAUAUCUACAAAAUGCAAGAACUUGAGAAAGAAUUGUCUGCUCUGAGACAGAAAGUCUACAAACUCGAAAAGGACAAUGAUGACCUUAACAAGGACAAUGCCAUGCAGUCCAGUGAAAUCAAAGAUAAAGACAACAAGAUAGAUGCCCUGAUGCGUGAGUUGGAUGGUAAAGAUGAGGACAGCUCAGACAUCAGAAAGGAACUCCGCAAUUUGAAAAAGAAAUGCGACACGCUGGAAAAGACUGUUGACGAUCUGACAGAUGAAAGAAACGAGCUUCAGGAAAAGCUAGAUGAUCUAAUUCCUAAAGUCGAAAAGCUUCAACAAAGUGUUGAUUCACUUACAAGGCAAAGAGAUGAUCUCAAAUACAGUCUCAGCGAAGCUAACAAAAAGAUUGUUGAACUAAAAGAACACCACAACAAAGCUGAGCUGAGAGCUUCUCAGCAAGAGAAAGCCAACUCCAGCCUUGGUAAAAUAGUGAAGAAGCACGAAGGGUCUGUAGAGGAUCUAUCUGCUCGACUUAGAGCUGCAGAAAACGACAACGAAAUCUUACGUCGUGAGCUUGUUUCAAGCAACGCAAGGAACGAUAAUCUAAACCAAGAGAAGAAAGACAUCGCUAAAAAGCUAUCAGAUGCUCGUAACAGGAUUGCUGAACUUGAAAGUCUCGUGCAUGAACUGAAGGAUGCAAGAGAAGUGCUUGAACAGGAAAUCAGUGCAAUAACCUAUAAACUGAGCAACCUUGAGACAAAAGUCAGAAACCUUGAGAAGGAGAGGGAUUACUACAAAAACGAAUGCGACAGUCUUCAAACAAAGAAUAGAAAGAUGAAGAGUGAAUUGGUACAAGUGCAAAAUCAGCUUAAAGAUAAAGAACGCCUGUGUGAUACUCUUGGUGCCGACUUGAAGGACAAAGAAUCCAGUCUUAGUGCACUGAACCGACAGAAAAAGAUACUUGAGGAUGAAAUCUGUUCUCUUCGCAAGCAACUUGAGGCCGUUAACCAUGCAAAUGACAUCAAUAAAGAGAAAAUCCAAGAGCUUUUGGCCGCUUUAGAGCGUGCUCAGAUGAAUGCUGUUGCACCUGUCAGCGUAAGUGUCGUCGAAUCAGCACCAACUGCGUUGUUCAGUGAACCACCACCAGAACCAAACGACAGGGUAUUCGAGCUUGAGGCUCUACUCAAAGCAGCAGGGGACCGGGAGAAUAAUCUCAGGCAAGAAAUCGAAGGAUACAUAAGUAAACUCAACAAAGUAGAUGYCGAAAACAAGCACAUGCAUGAACAGCUUAUUGAACUUCAACAUGAGAAUGCUGCACUGCAGAGAAAACUUCGUGACGCUGAACAAGCACUUAGCAGAGUCAAUCGAGAGAAAGAUGAGCUGAAGAAAGAUCUCCUAGAGGCUACAAGCAAAGUCUCAACCCUCGAAACACAAGCAGAAGCGGACGAAGGUGAAAUCAGAUCUCUCAAGACACAGUUGUACAACAUUAAUGCUAGAAUGAGCAAGAACCAGGACGAGUUACUUAACUUGGAUCAGUCCCUUGUCGAGCAUAAACUUGCAGUUGACAAACAURAAAAGGAGAAGAAUCAUCGUGAUGCGCUCAUAGAAAAACUCAAAGCUGCCAAGCAAUACCUAGAGGACCAAGUGGAGUCCCUAAAAGCAAGUCUUGAGGCAUCGCGAAACACAAAUGACGACCUUAAGGAGGACCAAGCCAAGAUGUUGGAGGAAAUUCGAUCUCUAAAGAACCAGAUUAAUCAACUAAAGGCUCAGAACCAAAGACUCUCAACAGACAGAGAAAAGGCCAUAGAAGACGCAAAGGAUGCCUUCGCUAAAGUCAAAGAUCUCGAACGUCAGCUUCAAGAAGCAAUUGCCCAAAAGAAAGAAGUAGAAGAAGAAAAUGAUAAUCUGGAGACUGAAGUAAGGAGACUACGUGAUGAACUUGCUGAAAGUAAAAGACGUUACACUCAUUUAGAGGAAAAACUUCGUGUACUCGAGGAUGAACUUGAAAGGAAUAACAGGGACAUUGACAAUCUACGAGAUGUCAAGAAGGAUUUAGAGGCAGAGAUUGCCGAACUAAAAGCUAGACUUGCUGAAAUGGAUAAGCUGCCUGCAAUACAGCCAUUACAAGUGCAGACUGUUCAAGAAGUACACUCGAGUCCAAGUGGCCUUUUCGGAGCAGAUCCCGAAGAGAUUAAACGGCUUCAAGAGGAAAAUUACGACCUGAAAAAGAGAAUAAAGGAGCUGGAGGCUGACAACAGAGUACUUGAUGACAAGAAGAAAGACAUCAAUAACCAGCUGGUGGAUACGCACGGCCACAAGUCCAAGCUUGAAUCACAACUAGAUCACACAAGAAACAGAAACCGUGCCUUGGAGAAAGAGCUGGAAGCCAUUAAGCGCGACUACGAACCUUUACGAGUGAAAUACGAAGAACUUGUGAGAGAACUAGAGCUGUUGAAAAAGGACUCAGAUGAUGCACAUAAUCGUCUUGGAGAUGUGGAAGUGCAGUUGGACGCUGAAACGACAAAGCGAAAACAGCUGCAAAGAGAUUUAGAUGAUGCUUUAGAAGAUUUACAACAGAAGGAAGAAGAGCUCAAUAAAGCCAAACGUAAGGUGCAAGAAUAUAUGACGCUUCUUGAAAAUGGAGGAGACGAUUCAAAUCUUAAAGAUGAGCUCAUUGACAGUCUUAAGAAAGAAAUUGACAAUCAAGAAAAGGAAAUUCGAAAGCUUAGAGAAGAAGUCUUAGCAGCAAAUAACGAGAUCGACAAGAGCCAUGCUAAAAGACACGAUUUAGACAAGCAACUGUUUGUUGCUAAACAACACUUGUCAGAUGAUGAGACUACCAUUCUAGCCAAAACCGCAGAAAACGACGCCCUGCGAGAUCACCUAGAAGAUGCUCAAGACAGAAUAGCUGAUCUCGAAAAACAACUGCAGCAGUMCAAGAGAAACAACUCGCAAAUGCGAUCAGACUUGGAUAAUUCAAAGAUCAACCUUAGGAAAGCAAGAGAGGAGGCAAGCUUACUACAGAAAAGAGUAGCAGAGCUUCAAUCACUGAUUGAUGCUUUGAAGAAAGAUUUGAUGGAUAGAAAUAGUCUGAUUGAACAGCUCAGAUCUGAAAGUGUUGCUGGUGACGAGGCAGCAGCCAUGAAAAGGAAGUUGGCAAAGGCCCGUGAUGAUUACCAAAAGAGCCAGGAUGAGGUUGCACGACUUCAGCUUCUUCUUAGAGAAAAGCCAGACAAGAUCUCUCUAAGAGAUGGCAAUCUCGCCACAUACAAAAGUGAAAACGAUAGACUGAAAAGUGAUAUCAAGACGCUACAAGAAACUAUCAAUCAGUACAAGAGAAACUAUCAAAAUGCACAAAGAGAAAUUGAAAGACUGCAGCUUGACCUUAUGACAGCAAACCAGAAAUUAAAUCAAGCAGAAGCAAGAAAUGAUGCGAUGGAAGCCGAAAGAGACAGACUGAAGAAAGAUAAUGUGAUAUURCAGCAAGAAAUCUCCAACCUAAAGAUCCAGCUGGACUCCUUGAGACAUGAAAACAACAAACUCAAAAAUGAUAUGUCUGUACUGCAAAAGAAGUACGACAUUCUUCAACAACAGCUCGCAAAUUCAGACUCAAGGAAAGGCAAGAAGGGUAGCAAUCUUGUGACACUGAAAAGGGUUGGUGAGCUGGAAUCUUCUUUCCAAAAUGCUCUCAGAGAGAAGGAAGACGCAAAGAGUGAUGUGCUGAUUUUGCGACAAAAGAUUGCUAAACUCGAGAGCGAUCUAAACGAGCACAAGCGCGACAAAGAGUCAUUAGAGCACGGCCUUGAGAUGCGAGACAACAGAAUCAACGAAUUAGAGAACAGCCUGAGAAGCGCACAAGAAAAUCACAAGGCGGACAAGGAAGAAUUACUACAAUGGCGUAAGAAGUGUGCAGCCGCUGAGCAGGAGAUCAAUAAUCUCAAGAAUUCAAUCAAUCGGCUGCAAAAUCAAAACAAAACAGCUGAACAGAGAAUUGACGAGCUAAAGGAAGAUCUUGAUGAAGCUGAAAACAGGAUCAAAAUGUUGGAAGACGCAUUGGCUGAUCACGAUGAUGGAUCGGAUUCUAAAUACAGWGAUUAUCUCAUAGCUCAAAGUAAAAUUGCCGAGUUGGAAGCAGCUCUUAAAGCUGCAACAGAAGGCAGAUCUCAAGCGGAGAAAGAAGUUCAAAGGCUGAAGAAUCAAGUCUGGCAUUUGGAAGACGACCUUAAAUUGGCYCAAGUCAAAAUCGAUCAGCUGCAAAAAUUACUCGAUGAAACCAAUAAGCUCAAUGACAAGCUCAAAAAAGAAAUGAAUGAACUAAAGAAGCAUUCCUGGGACUCCGUYCAAAACUACGAUGCUCUUGACAAAGAACUGAAUGAUCACAAGUACAAGAUAGAACUCUCAGAGCAAGAGCGCCAGGAUUUGGAAGAUGAAAUUGAGAAGCUUCGUCGUGACUUAUCCGAUGUGAAAACCCAGAAAGAAAAAGUUAUAGUAGAAAAGAGUGACCUUAAAAUGCAGCUUCACAAACUUCAGGCACAAUACGAAACCCUUCGAUCAGACAACGACGAAUUGAGAGAUGAGAAUGAGAACCUCAGAAGGGAACUUCAACAGUGUAAAGAUGAAAUUGCAAGUUUGAAGAAUGAACUAGAGAACCAACCUGCUCCUAUUCAAGUUGCAACUGUGGAAAGUGUAGUCGAAAGCUCACCUUUUGACUUCGACGAACUCGAUGGAGCAAAACGAGAAAGAGACCAGCUUCAAGUAGAGAAACAAGCUGCUGAGGAUAGAUUAAGGAACUUCCAGGAUGAUUUAGAUCAAAAACAACGCGAAAAAGACAGAGCCGAAGAGAACGUGAAGGAUUUGAAAAUGCAUCUUGCCAGAUUAGAGAUGGAUAACAAAAACCUCGAAACAGCAAAGGACAAAGCUCUCUAUGAACGUGAUCUCGCAAACCAAAAGUUUGUCGAACAAAGGACUGAUAACGAGUCCCUAAAGCAAGAAAAUGAGUCAUUGGGCCUUGAAAACAAUGAACUCAAACAAGAGCUAGCUGAUAAGGAGAGAGAACUGAGAUCACUGAAUAAGAAACGAGGGGAUCUCGAGAAGCAGCUUUCRAAGAGCGACGAAAAAGACGGYGCCUUAGGCAAUAUGAGACAAAGAUUCCAAGAUCGUGAGAAUCAGCUUCAAAAGGAAAUUGUGGAACUCCAACGAAAACUUGCCGAUGUAGAUGGACUUGUCAAAGUCGCCGAGGACAAAGCACGUGAUGCAGAAUACGCCAGAGAUGAAUCAGACAACCGAUAUGCGUUGCUUCGWGAAGACAUGAUUAAUCUGCAAUCAAAGAUAUCAGACCUGGAGCUCCAACUCCAGAAAGAAAGGAAUACAGUUGAGCGUCAGCAGGAGGAGAUCAACGAUUUAUUAAUGAAACUUGGAGACGUUUCUAAUACUAAUCGUGCUGGUGGUAAGGAAUUAUCUGGCCUGGAAGCAGAAAAUGAUGGCCUGAAAAAGAAGAACAAAAGACUUGAAGAUCAAAAUGCUUCCAAAGAAAGAGAAAUUGCCCGACUCAACGAACAGAUCGAUGAGUACCGUGACAGGCUUGAGAAGGGAACUGGAGAUCUGGAGAUUCAUUUGAAGAAUAUGGGUGACAAGGGCGAAAUAUAUCGUAAGGAUGCUCUGGAGAAGGCCAACUUUAUUGAGAARCUUCGAGCUGAAAGGCUUCAAGAUGAAAUYGARAUUGAAAAUCUCAAAGCUGAAGUAAAGUCCAUGAAAGGAGAGCUAAAUGACAACGAAAAAGAUCUCGAUCAAUAUGAAGGUAAUGUCACCAGACUCAACGAGGAAAAGAUCAACUUAGAAAACAAGAUCAUCGAACUUACCAACAAAUACAAGCUACAACUAGCAGAGCUUGAAAACGAUAACGAGAUCAGAAAUGAUAAAAUCAGGAAUCUUGAAGAUAUUUUGAAAAGAUACGAGAAACAGAUUCAAGAGCUUCGAGAGGCACAGGCUUCCCACGAUCCCUCAUCGUCAACAACACUGAUAUUUGACGUAGAYCAGAGCAGAAGUCGAAAGCCGUCUCGUUACGUCUCCUACACAGAUAGCAUGGUUGAACCAGAGAAAAGGAGCCUGUACAAAAUUAGCUCCGCAGGCGUCGAAAGACCUGUCGAUAACAGAAAUGGUGACGUGGAAGAGCCCAUCACAAUGACCGUAUCAAAAAACAGACAAGAAUCUGCCCCAAGAACCAGAACUGGAAGAGCAAAAGUUGAUGACAGCGUMGAGAUUCCAUUUGAUGACAGCGAGUAUAAGAGAAAACCAAGCGAAACUGGACGUUACUCAAGGCCAAAAGUGAGCGAGACGUAUGCACCAUCACGAGCCAAGGAAAGUCAGUCUUCAAGUUACAGUAUUGAUGAUGACACACCUCUCACAAGUACCAGAGUCGGCGAUGAUGAAAGAUACAGACGUGGGGAUCGAAGGUCUACAUCAUCAAGAGAUAGAAGCUCUCCUGAAGACAAAAAUAAAGACUGUAAGCAGCAGUAGAAUUUGAAUGAUUAGAACUAACUUCAAUGAGGACACUCUAUCAGUGACCAUUUUAUCAUAUUUUUUCUCACUUUUAGUUUUUUCUCAUCUUUCUUACACAAACUAUGAGUAUUUUUAUAUUCUUUUUUCUUAUUUUUUUUUCACUUUUUAUAUUGUUUAAAGUUUCUAAAGUUUCUUACUGCUUUAAGUCCCUUGAAAUUUUAAGUACAGAGGUUCAUUAUAAAGGAAUUGAUAAAAUAUUUUUUUUUUGCAACCAUUCUGUUCCCGAAAUUUAAUUUUAGAAAUAAUGGUGAAAGUGGUAAAGUGGUAACGGUUAGAGUGUCGUCGCUUAAGGGAUUCAUGUGAAUUUUUAGCAAUGCAUUUGUGUCUACUUUCCAUAGAACGUGACAAUUUAUUCAAACGAAGACGACGGAAAUCUCACAAUCGAGUCCAUAUACAUGCUCAUGCAUUGAGGCAGGAUAAUUUUCAACUAAUUUAUUUCUGUCCACAACUGAAAGUAUUUCAUUUUAGAAAACCAAAUGUCAUGACGUUCAACACUAAGAGAUACAUUUGCUUUUAUUCAGCAGGUCAUUYAUGUUUUUGUCUAAAAGCAUAUGGCCAACAAUUUGAUAAAAAAUGAUAAAAAGUAAUUAAAAAAAAAAACAAUUAAAAAAUAGGUUUUCGAACUGAUUUAGAAAAUGAAAAGAUGAACUGCAUAUCUUUGAACAUAAUGACUGGCUUUGAUAUGCUGAAAAUAGAUCAUCUUCAUUUCUUGUUAACGUUCCAGCUUUCAGGUCGUUGUCAAUAUGUUUUCUGAUUCAUAUAUUUACCCAGUUAUUUAGUCUAAAAUUAAGGAAUUGUUUCGACAGCUCUUUUUUGUAGCUGGUCCGAUCCUGCACAAAAACCUGAAAAUAUUAUGSUAGUUUUUCGAAUAAACUAUGUAGGAUCAAUUGAUAAUCUGUCCAUAAAGACACAGUACCUGAUAAAAAUAUGAAAUACAUUGCAAUCAAAAAACACGUUAUUCUAAGCGAAGGAAUUGCAUAAACUUGCUCAUACUCGGUUGAUUUGAAAUGCGCUGGUGCGCAGAAAGAGUGACAUAUAAGCCUCGUGGCCAUGUUGAUUGAGCGUCAUAAGGAAUUACAUGCAGUCGAGGGAUUGCGCUUGGGAWAUGUCAUACACAGCUUACGUUUAAUUAUCGAUAUACGAAUAUUUUAAAUUGCGUUUCAAUUUUAUAAUUUUGCACAAAUUCAUUUUUGGUAACCUUUAGUUUAUCUGAUGUAAUAUCAGCUCUUCUUGUGUCUUUUAAUUCUUUCAUUAUAUCAGUAUUAUAUUAGUAUACCAUCAUCAAUUUAAGGAAUAAGUCAAUAAAGUGGCUUCUACAAUU